AGGACCUCUUUUUUAGCUCUCUGAAGAGUGCAAGUGGAGGCAGGAAUGGUGCAUUUUCCAAAGAUGCUGCUCUUUAAUGAAUGGGGAAGACACUGACACUUUCCAAGUGCUGCCUGACAGCUGUGCAGGAGGUUCUUUGACGGAUUACAAUCUCGGCAAACACCAACUCAAGAAGAAGAAUGACAGCUAAGACACUUAAACCAGACUUUUCAUCAUCGUGGAAAAGAACUGGCUUCCAGAAUUUGGAGUUUUUUUAAUGCUCUACCUCCCUCUGCUGUUAUCAGCGAGAAGUUCUUCGACAAUGGGAAAUCAUGUACUUGCAGCUUCGAUUUCCAUGCUUUCACUCCUGGCAAUGAUGGGAGAUGCAGAGAGUAAAACAGACAGUUCCUUCAUGAUUGACUCUGACCCCAGUCGCUGUAUGAGGCAUCACUAUGUGGACUCCAUCAGCCACCCCCUCUACAAGUGUAGCUCCAAGAUGGUGCUGCUGGCUCGCUGCGAGGGGCGCUGCAGCCAGACGUCGCGCUCCGAGCCCAUGGUGUCGUUCAGCACUGUCCUCAAGCAGCCCUUCCGCUCCACCUGCCACUGCUGCCGGCCCCAGACCUCCAAGCUGAAGGCCAUGAGGCUGCGAUGCUCGGGGGGCAUGCGGCUCACUGCCACCUACCGCUACAUCCUCUCCUGCCACUGCGAGGAGUGCAACUCCUAGGACAUCGGGGCACGGCAGGGAGGGGAUUGGGUGCUGCUGUUGGGAACACUCCCAAGAAGUAAUCCGAGGUCAGGCCGAUGCUCCCAGCACAUGAUUGCAGCGAGGACAGAACUAACCAGGCUGGAUUGAAUCUGAGAGAUGAAGUGCCACAUGUCCUGGGGUGCUGGAUGGUGCCGGUACCGCAGUGUGGGCUGUGACAAAGGCAAAAGCAUGAGGACUUGUUUUUAAGAAGCCUUUCUUUUUUUCUGAAAGGGUAUUUUUGAGAGUUUCUUCUUUUUCAGGCUCAGCUCUGACUACAGAGAGGUGUUUUUACUUUAGGCCAUGGGCGGCAGGGGAAGAGAGAGGAAGGUCAGCCAGUUGACAGCACUGUGCUCUGGAAGGUGAUGUUCACACAGAGGAUGGGCAUCAGUUCCCACAUACAACCUCUUAACCUAUCCAUUUAUUCUCAGUUUCCUAGUCAUACUGGCCUUCAAAACCAACUGUGCUGUUGGCAAGGGUCAUCUGUUACUGAUCUAGCAGCUAAGUGCUGGAUAACUUUAACUGUGAUUUAGCAGAAAUUGUAAAUAAACCAUUGAAAAGUGAA